AUGGUUAUUUGUUGGUCUUUAUGGAAAAUUCGAAAUCAGGUGCUGUUCCAAGAGGGAUUGCUCUCAGUGCAAAGGGUGAUCGGGUUGGUAGAUUCUUUUCUCAUGCAACUAGUAAGAGCCAAGGUGUUUCGAGAACUGCAUUUUCGAGGCAACACGGAUUGUAAAUGGUUUCGAUAUGUGGUCGCUCCCCUGAAGGUGAGCAAGCGUAGCAUCAGUGUGUCCUGGCUUAAACCUCCGCUAGGUACUCUCAAAUUAAAUUCCGAUGCAAGCAUGGUGGAAGGGGUGGCCUCAGGUGGGGGGCUCAUCAGGAAUCAUGAGGGUAACUUGAUUUUUACCUUCUACAAGGAGUUUGGUGUUGCGGAUGUGUUGUUGGCUGAAGGCUUGGCGUUAUUGCAUGGUCUUCAACUGUACAAGGAAAAAGGCUAUAGUUCAUUUCAUACAGAGGUGGAUUCAGAAUCUCUGGCUUCUUUAGUCAAGGAGGGUACCCUGACUAAAUGGCUUUUCUGCAAUGUUUUGCUUGAAAUUCGUUCACUAUUAGUCUUGAUGAACUCGGGGAUCCGUCAUAUCUUUCGAGAAGCAAAUUUGGCUACGGAUAGGAUGACAGCGCUGAGGGUUGGCCAAGUGUCCUUCAUUUCUUCGACUAGUCAUCUACCGGUUUUUCUACGGUCGGUCCUGGCAUUAGAUUCUAGAUCUUUUCCUUAUGUUCGUUCUCAGAGGGUGAGAGAGUAA